AUGACUAUCGAGGUCUUCGGCACGGUUCUCGGAACAGCUAUUCAGGGUCAGAUUGUGGGCAGAGCCAAUGCGCCUUGUGUAAACCACGCCUCCUUUUUGAAUGACAGCUUUAGUGUUACACCGCUGAGUUCUGAGGUCAACGCAACACACGUCACAUUGGAGGAUACGAAACGAGCAUACAUGCUCGCAUCCGGUGUGAUUGGCAUCAUCUACAUCCUGUGUGCUGCAGUUCUAUUUCUGGGCGUGCAAGAACAAAAAGAUGUGAGCCGUGUGAAAGUGGAGCGUUUGUCGUUUGUGGAGAGUCUGAAGCUGCUGCAGAAACAUGGGCCGUACGGUAAACUGGUCACGGCUUUCCUCUUUACAUCUCUGGCCUUCAUGCUGUUGGAGGGAAACUUUGCUCUGUUCCUCAUCUACACACUUGGACUGCACGACGACUUCCAGAUCAUUCUCCUCCUCAUCAUGCUCUCUGGAACCCUCACCAUCCCUCUGUGGCAGCUCUUCCUCACACGCUUUGGAAAAAAGACUGCAGUUUACAUCGGCACCUUGCACAAGAGAAGCACCUUCAGCCUCGACUUGUUUGGACCAGUGCAUUGUGGAUAAGAUCCU